AUGAGACGAAAGUUCGAUGAUACUGGACAAUGGUUUACAAUAGCUUGCUUCUUCAUAUUCUUCAGUUUAGUAGACUCAAUUAUUUUGACAGGCGCACCGGAUUCUUAUGCGAGGUACCCAAAAUGGGCGCACUCAUUCGAGAACUCGUUGUCGAUGGAGUUGAAGACACGGCAGUCCGAUGGGAUGUUACUGUAUACCGACGAUGGAGGGACUCAUGGAAAUUUUUAUUCGUUGACGGUGGUGGAGGGGCACAUUCAGUUAGACUUCAGGUUAGGUGACAAUUCAAACGAAUUCGGCCAACGUCGACCAGUCAACACUAUCCGGAUAGAAGAGGUACGAAUCGACGACGACAAAUGGCACACGCUGACGAUAUUCCAGUCAUGGGAGAAUGUAAAGUUAGAGUUGGAUUACACGUUGGUCUUCAAGAUUCUGAAUCAGCGAAGUUUUGUGUUCGGGAACAUUCUGAAGAACUCGGAUGUUUUCAUCGGAGGAUUGCCACCGAACAUGCAUAUGCUGCCAGUGAUGUCCUCUCCACUGCGUCGCUAUUCCCGUCACCUGGCCGUCAACGUGCGCAACCUGAUGUAUCGCCAAUAUCCCCAAGGUGUCACGUCGCCACAACUUCUGGAGUCGGUGGGAACACGCACCAAUGAAGACGACCAUUGCAAAUCGAAAUCCAUGUCGUCACGCGAGCAAUUCGUGUGUCAGAACGACGGUGAAUGCUAUUCGGCGAACGAUGGACCGCACUGCGAUUGCCAGUUUUCGGAUCAUGACGGAAGGAAUUGUGAAAUUGAGAAAAACGACGGUGAGCUGACUUUCGGAGGCGAUGAGUGGGUUGGAUACGAUGUUUCGAUGAAUAUCUCAGCGGCCGUCCGGGCAAAAAAGGAGAAUUUGACACUGACUUUCAAGACGGUUCAUGGGACGUCGAUGUUGUUUUAUGCGGGGGAUGAGAAGAGCUAUCUCCACCUUAUGCUCCAAGACGGUGCAAUAAUCGCUUCCUCGAAAUUCGACGGCUCUGAUGCUCGAAUCAUCCGAAUGUUCAACUCGUUCCCGUCUCAACGAUACGACGACGACUCUUGGCAUACCAUUGUUCUAGAAAGAUCUCUUCAGAUGAUGACGCUCAUAGUCGAUGGCCGAAGAGACGAGAUCCGUCAGUACGCCCCUGAACUUGACUGGAUUUCCAACUCCUUUGCAUACCUUGGAUCAAUCCCAAAACACAAUCCAUCCAAAGAAGUCAACCGUGUCUCAUUUCGAGGUUGCAUGAAAAAAGUGCGCUAUGAUGUCGACGCGACCCGCGUACUAUUUGUGAACCUCGCCGAUCAGAGCUACGGAGGAAGUGUCGUCAAAACCGGUGGAGAUCUGUCGUAUUCCUGCAAGAAUCCAUCACAAAGGUCGGAUGUUUUAUCGUUUUCGGAUACCUCGAGCUACCUGACACUGCCAAGGUGGAAUAGUUUGUCGAGUGGGAGUUUGUCCUUCCACUUCCGCACUACCUCCCCUGAUGGCUUGAUCCUUUACCAUGGUGUCAUGCAGCAUAACGCAACGGACUACGUCGCUUUCGAACUAAUCGAUAGUCAUCUCUUCAUGAUAAUCAAUCUGGGAUCCGGAGUGGUCAGACUGCAAACAACUGCAAUAAAAGUCAGUGAUGGAGAGUGGCAUCAUGUGCAACUGGAUAGAUUAUCAAGAACUGGAAGUGUGAUAGUGGAUGCCAUCAAGAUAGACUUCAGUACUCCAGGAGUGUCGGCCAACCUUAUUAUUGACGACCCAAUAUUUAUCGGCAAUGUUCCAAAUAACUCACUAGCCUACCCACCAUCAAUCUGGUCUAUCACUCUGCAAAAAGGUUACACAGGAUGCAUCAAGAAUAUCAGGCUGAAUGGGGUAUCUGCAAAGAUCGCUCAACAAUUCGAAACUUCCAACUCAACUGGAAUAGAGCUCGGUUGCGCUUUGUCAAAUGAGCUGGACAUCUGUGAACCGAAUCCAUGCCAAAAUUUCGGGCGGUGCAGUAGGAACUUGAAUUCGUUUGAGUGUGACUGCUCGAACACUAACUUUGAAGGAAAACGAUGCGAGAUUGAACAAACCGCCGUGGAAGUAGAUGGUGAUGAAUCAAAGGUUCAUGUCCUGGCGCAUACUAAAGUGUCACAGGUGGAACAUAUCCAGAUUCGGUUUCGGACCGCCUCUACUCGAGGAGUUCUUUUUGACACUGGUGCCAAUGGGAAGAAUGAUAAGAUUACUGUAUUUCUGAAUGACAGUCUCCUCAACUUGUUCCUCCAGGACUCUUCUACUAAUAAUACAUUCUCUUGGGGCAAAUCCCUAUCUGACAACCACUGGCACGAACUUCAAGUCCGGCGUCUCGGGCAGAAAUUGUUGCUGUAUUUGGAUGGGUUUUGGAGUCAUAGUAUCUACCUCCAAAACCCGAUCUCCGUGGAAAUCGAUGAAGUCGGUGCCGCCUAUUCAGUUCAUCCAUCGUCUCCACCGCCGAGAGAUGAACAUUUUAAAGGAUUCCUCUCGAAACUGGUUUUCAAUGGAAAUGACUAUCUGGCGAAGACGAAAAGGAGCAGUGCUCAGUUGAGCAAGUCGUCGAGUCGCGAAAGUAAAGGGCAGAGGAAUGUCAAAACACGAAUCGCCUCAAUAUCAUUCACAAAUUCAACGGGUUAUGUAGCGUUCUCUAGUGAUAAAAUAUCAUCUCUUGCUGGUGCAUUCCGGGUACAAUUCAAAUUUCAAACGCUCAUGCGAUCCGCUCUUAUCUUCUUCACUUUGCCAAAACAUGACUACGAUCAGUCCUUCCGACUGCAGAUUAUUAAUGGAAGGUUAAAAUACACCUAUCGAACAUCUGGUCAAGAGUUUCACGCAACCUCUCCAAAACUUCCUUACCGCCAACACUUGAGUGAUAUGAGGUGGCAUAAUGUACUGAUCUACCAAGAUGAGAAAACCAACGAUCACGUUCUGCUAAUCGAUAAUUCCACGACCACUUUGGUAAUCGAUAAGAUCAAAAAAGUGGAGUCUCGAAUGUCAGGGAAACUGUACUUUGGAAGUAACCCGCUAGGGGUGUCAAGACCUUCCAAUGGCUAUCGUGGCUGUAUUUCAACUUUGCGGAUAAACGAGAACGCGCUGGAUUUAUACGAAGACGCAGAUAGUCGGAUGAAUGUGAACAGAGGGUGUAGUGGUCCAAUAGCACGAUGUGUUGAGGAUGCGUGCGCAAAUAACGGGCGGUGCAUUCAACUGUGGAGUUCGAUUCGAUGUGAUUGUAGUCUGACGGCUCAUUCCGGGGAUCGGUGUCAAAAUCCUUCCACUACCGUCCGUUUCGAUGGGAGCCCCUCAGCCAUUUUCUACGAGUACACUCCCAGUGAACGGCCCACUACCAGCAAGGACUUUUUCGUUUUCUCCUUCCGAACCACCCAACCCAACGGUGUCUUAAUAGCCAUCGAAUGCGCCGCCGACCAGGAUUAUUUCACGAUUUUCCUCAACAAAGGCUACCUAAAUGCUCAUUACAACUUGGGAAGUCGAGAUCACACCGUCAGCUAUCACACCCGGGUUUUGAAUGACGGGUUCCCGCAUGUCAUCAAAAUCUCAAGGAACGAAGCGAACAUGACAAUCCAGGUGGAUAAGCUACCAGCGCUGAGGUAUCGACCGCGGAAGGCGAGUGACCUAGUUCUGUUGAAUAUGCAAACUAGAAUCUCGAUUGGAGCAUCAUUCAACACACGGCAUUUGGAGCAGAGGAGAAUGAUGCUACGUCAUCGUCGUAACACGGAGAUUUUCGAUUCGUACCAAGGCGAAGUUUCCGGAAUCAACGUCAAUGGACUAAUGAUUUUGGAUCUCUAUGAGAAUGGUUCCAACCGCAUUCACACAAUCGGCGCCCCUCAAACCACCGCUGUAUCGGAACCAGCGAGCACCAGCAGUAAUUCAGACGAGGACGACGAAUUGGCUGAAAUGAUGAUGGCACAUUCAAUGGAUGAGAACCCCAACGAGGCGCUCAUCGAAUCCUUGGCACCGAGCUGCUUGAGCCUUGAGGAGCAACAGACGUGCUUCAUUGACACAGACGAUUCUACAGAUCAAAUUGAAUUGGUCUUCGAGAUAUGUACACUAACAGGCAGCUGA